AUGGGUAGAUCGAAGAAGAGAUCAAGAACAUCGGCAUCCCGUUUGAACCCACUCGCUAACCCAAACAAUGGUGGUAUUUCCAAAAAGGAUGCUAAUCUAAUCGAAAGAAAAUUACAACCCCUGAUAAAGAAUUUGAAUAGUGUUGUACCAAAUGAAAGGAGUAUGGCAUUGAGUUCUGCGACAGUGCUAUGUGAAGAUGCACAUAUGAGAAAGUUGCUAUUAAAAGAAAAAUUGAUACCAACUGUCACAACUAAAUUGUUAUCCGAUGAGAACACAGAAAUAGUAGUCGAGGCUUAUGGUUUAUUAAGAAAUCUAUGUUUAGAAGAAGGCUAUGAUGUUGCCGUGCAUUUGUGGAGAUCAGACAUCUGGACAAGCAUAUUAUCUGGGUUUGAAAAAUUAAGUGACUCCUUGAGGGCAUUGGCAGCACAAGAUGCUUCUGAAGAUACAAAGAAGACUACACCUCAGUCAAAAGAAUCUAGGCGCUUGCUCUUUGACUUUGCGGAAAACCUAUUAUCUUUGGUUAUCGCAUUAUGUAAUGGGGCUGAUAGCAUUUUAGAAGAAGUCCUUACCACACAGAAACUAGCGGAAUUGUUUACUGUUUUGGUUAAUUUACUAGAGUAUGGUAUUGAGAAAUUGCCAAUUAGUGUUUUCAACACUAUUUUGGAUUUAAUAUACGAUUUCAGCUCGGAAUCAUUCGAAUUUAUAGAGACAGUUUCUAGUGACCCUACUCUGUCUGAAUUCGUUAAGGUUUUACCGACGUUAAAGAAAGAGGAUCACAAGUCAUUCAAUGAGCUUACAUACGUUUUGAUUCAAGGUAUUUACCUUCAAUUCUUAGAUAUGGAUAUGACAUAUGAACAAGCUAAUGAAAUCAUUCACACAACAUGCAAUGCAAUCAAUGGUAUUGAUCUGGUUGAACUAGAAAAAAAUUUAUCAUCUAUUACACAGGAUGAAGAUAUUGCCAAUACGGUGGAUUCAGAAGUUGCUGCUAAAAUCAAAGAAUAUACUAAGAAAAGGGCUCUUGCUCAUAUGCAACUCCAAAGUAUUGAAAUUACUAUAGACCUUAUAACCGCGAUUAUUGAAAUUAUAGCAGCUAAGUUUGAGCAAGAGCAUAAGAGGAAGCUUCCGGAAUCGCUGUCCGAGACAUUAGUGUCAUUCGUUCCGCUUGUCUUUAAUAAAUUAGCAUCUUCUUUCCCUGCCAGAGUUCUUAUUGGGUGGAAUAAUUUGUUGUGGCUAUAUAUGUCUAUUGAUGUAAACUUCUAUGAACUUCCAAACAACCAGCAUACCUUGCUAUGGAAUUUUAUUAAAAAAGAAGAAGGGUCAGAUAGCAAAGAUAUUUCAUUGAAAGUUAGUUUGAUGAGUGUGGUUUGGGCAAUGUUGAAGGCAGCUACUCUACAAUCAGAACCUCUUGCUGUUAUUAACCAGCUUGGUUUGAACAAUAGUAUGGCAUUUGUUGAAACUAUCAUAAAUGAGUAUAAGACCUGUAAUGAAAUUGAAUUGCAGCAAAAAUGUAUUGGUGUUCUAUCGUCAUUGGCUUUGGUACAGAAUCAGGUAGAAAUUAAUAGAUUUAUUGGGCACUUUUUUAUGGAAAUACUGACCAGUAAGGAGUCGGAUCCAUUAUUGUUAGUGGAGGUGACAAACUUCAUAUUUGAGAUAUAUUCUGACUCUGCUUAUGAUUACGACACUGAAGUAUUUGUUAAAGAUAGUUUUUUGCAAACAUUGAAAGAAAAAGUUGUUCCUAACCUGAAGGAGCGUUUCAAGUUUGUCGAUAGAAAUAAGUCACCAGAGCUAAAGGAGCGCGCAACAGAAACUUUCAACAUUCUGGGUAGCUUUAUAAACUACAAAGAAAGCGAAGCUCAUUAG